CCACCAACUUAUCCGCCCAGAAACUUCCCAAUCAACCCUCCACCACCAACCAAGGACAAUCCCUCAACCAUACUCGUCCUUUGUAUUCUGUACUGUGAAUUCACUCGUCGACUUCUGCGCUACGCACUCGACUCUUUGUUGCUUGCAGCAUCGCAGUUGAUUUCUCCACUCGUAUCACGCGUCGCUCUCUGCCAACAACCGAGCUGGCUCGCUGCCGACCCGUCCAGUCUUUACCGCGUCGAUCGUCGGUUUCGUCCGCAGUAUCCAACAUUUGCCCCGGCUUUACACCGAUUGAUUUCCUCACUUGACGGUCCGAUUCCCCAGAAAACCCUCUAUGCGAUCAGAAGCAAGCCGUAGCCCGUCGAGUUCAAUCGGCGAGCACGAAACGCGACAUUCACUCGACCACCGCCCAAAUGGUCCGCGCAAUGACCACCCUGAAGCCACAGCUUGUGAGAGCUGAUACCUUGGACCUACAAGAUCAUGAUGCGCCGUCGGCCAAAGAUCACACCAAACAACCCACGCACCCUUCACCCUAUGGCUAUGGCCCAGCCGCGCCCCAUCAGCAGCAGGCUUUGAGACAUGCAGAACACGAGGCUUAUCAACAACAGCACACAAGCCCUCGUAGUUCAGAGGAUAGACCCAAUGGAGGUUUCCAUGCCGACCAACAUUUUUAUGACGAUCUUGAUGACGACCGAGAUGACGACCACAUGACUUCGCAGAAUGGUGUCAAUGGAAAUGGAUACCAUGGGCAGGACCUUGAUGACGGAGCAGGCGACUCCCAUGACGAGGAGGACAUGGAUGACGACCUGAUGGACAAGAUAUCCAGUUCCCCCUCGAUUGAAGAUGAGGAUAUUGACUUCGAGUUCGUGUACGCUCUACACACGUUUGUUGCCACCGUCGAGGGGCAAGCGAAUGCCACAAAAGGCGACACUAUGGUGUUACUAGAUGAUAGCAAUAGCUACUGGUGGCUUGUUCGAGUCGUCAAAGAUGGGAGCAUUGGCUACUUGCCCGCUGAACAUAUAGAAACGCCGACUGAGCGUUUGGCUAGGUUGAAUAAGCACAGAAACGUCGAUUUGUCCGCUUCAAUGCUUGGGGACAAUACUGAAAAGUCCAAAAACCCCCUCAAGAAAGCCAUGCGACGAAGGAACGCCAAGACUGUACAAUUCACUGCGCCUACUUACUACGAGCCUUCCGACUAUGAAUAUUCUGACGAGGAAGACGAGGAGGGUGACGAUGUGCCUCUUGAUGGUAGCGACGACAGGGACGACACCGAGUCUGCCGAAGAUCAGCAAGAUCUAUCCGGUACUACAGAACCACGAAGCAAGGAAGAAACAGUAAUAGCCAACGGCAUUCAGCGUAUGACAAGUAACGAAAGUCUCAAGAAUGAAGUUGUGUCAAGUCCCACCAAGUCUCAGCAAGUACAAGUCGGACUAGAACAACCAUCCGAUGAGCCGAUGCAACGGUCGAGGAAGGGAGUUGUAAGAAAUACAGACUCUUUCUACCGAGAUGAGACCGUUGAAACCAAGAAAAUUUCGCUGACACCACGGCUGCUGCGGGGCGAUGCUGAUGCUGCCUCUGCUGAACAACAACAACAACAACAUGAAUUGCGCCAGCGAGCGAGCUUAGAAACAUUCGAUAAAAUCGUUGGCUCAGACGAGAAGUCUAAAGAUAAGAAGAAAGAAAAGAAAGGCAUGCUCAGCGGUCUAUUCAAGCGAAAGAAGGGUUCUACUCCAGAAGAGAGCGAGAAACUCGUAGAAGAGCAGCGACAAUCGCCACAAUCGAAAGACUCCCUAGAAUCUCUAACCUCUAGACCUGAAGCAGGACCUGAGCGCAAGCCGAGCAAAUUACAAAAGAACCCUCCCCCAGUGUCUCCCAAAGCCUCCGGUCCAGAUCAGAGAGCGCCUUCCAGGGAAGGCGUGAAUACUUCACAAGCACCGGUCGCUGGUACCGGCCUACCCGCUACUGCCCCUGCGUCGGCAUCGGCACUAUCGACCGUCAGGAAAGUCGAAUCCGAGCCAACACCCGGUGAAGGUGCCCAAGAACCACCAUCACCAUCCCAGGCUCAGUCGGCUACGCCGGUGAAUCGAUUCCCGUCACUUACAGAAAAAAGAUCUAUCUUCUCUCCUAUCACAACUGCCCUCAAGCCGUCCUCGAACACAACGACCGAUGGUGAUGGUGCUGUGAAAACUAUCUAUUCGAAGCGAGCGAAGGAACGAUUUGCUCUUGAGGAUAGCGAUUCCGAGGACGAGAAGAAUGCAGUUGUUGAAGAAGAUGACCGUAAGGCCAUAUCUCCCAUCUCAGAUUCACAAGCAGCACCCUCUCGUUCGGAUUCUGCGAUGCAAGUGUCACCGAUCGAACCAUCUGACAUGUAUGAUGACUUGAAAUACCAAACUCAACAACAACAAGGAGCUAUCAGAAUAUCGCCAAUCCAUGACGAGCCCGCUCUGGUUGAGUCAGAAGGUACCGCCAGUACCUCAAAGCCAUCUCCUUCAACUGCAACGCAUACUCCAUCGACGUCAAGAUCAACGCCUACAUGGUCAGAUGCAUCUUUGCGUUCUUACAUGGAGAACAGCCAGGAUAUCAAAGAUUUGCUUAUUAUUGUGCACGACAAAAGCAACGUAACCCCCGUUGGGCCCGAGCACCCACUCAUGCAGGAUCUGUUUUCGGCUGAACGAAACAAACUCGCCGAGAUGCAAGCUCAGCUUGAUAAUAUGCUUAUGGGCUGGAUAUCCAAAAAGAACUCGAGCUUGCUAUCCGGCGCGAUAUGAAAUGAUUGUGUUCUCUCAUAGCAAUAGUUUUGCUUUUUUUUAUGUUUACCUCUCGAGGAUCUGAUUAUAUCGAUCCGUUGUACUGCUUCCAAUUCUUCGGCAUGUCGGAGCAGCUGCUCGACUUGUACUACUAGGGACGGGUCCUUUCUUUUGCCUUUUUUCUUUUUGUUGAAUUUUUUCAUGACGACAGUAUAUACCUGAGAAUGACGAAGCGUGGAACACAUCUCAAAGAAAAGGCAUGCAUGGUACAAGCAUUCUCUUUGUAGGGUUGAUUUUUGGGUGGUUUGGACGGGAUUGAGGCGCGAUGGUCCUUCUGUCUUCUCGCAGGAUUUGUAGGACAGGGACAGGGACAUGGACAAAGUUGGGGUCCUGGGUUUUAACACUGCUUCAACGAUGACGGCAGUCGGGUUUAAUUUUUUUUUAGCCA